UUCAACCGGCUUCAGCACGAUAUUUUUAAUUUAAGAAGAUUUAAUAAAUUUUGAGACACCUGAAUCGCCAGACUUGUCGUGGGCGGGGCUAACGUGACAGUUAAAUGAGUAGGAGCCGCGCCGGCCACGGGACCCAGCCUUUAAAAAAGCGGAGCCACGAAAGUUCAGCGAACCGUUGUGAAGACACGUUUCCGCCCACAAGAAAGAUGGCGGCUCCCUUGCUGGAGAAACUGUCCGAGUCUUUGGGUUCCCCGGAGCCAGCGGUUCGACUCCUUUUAUCCAUAUUAAUCGGGUAUCCUUUUGCUCUAGUGUACCGGUGGUUCCUCUUCUACCAGCCUGCCCCAGUUAUCCACCUGUUCCACAUUUUCUCAGGAUUGGCUCUAGCAGCAUUUAACUUUGCAGGCCCGCAGCUCUAUCACUCCGUAAUAUGCGUUUUCGUCCAAUUUUUGAUGUUGAGGCUCAUGGGAAGGACGGUAACGGCUGUCCUGAGCAGUUUUACCUUUCAGAUGGUAUACCUGCUGUUGGGGUAUUAUUAUACAGCUACGGAGGAGUAUGACAUCAAGUGGACGAUGCCUCAUUGUGUCCUCACCCUUAAACUAAUUGGUUUAUCAUUUGAUUUCUAUGAUGGAGGGAAGGAAGCGCCCCAGCUCAGCGAGGAGCAGAAGAAGAGCGCCCUGACCUCAGUGCCUUCGUUGCUGGAGGUUUUCGGCUUCUCCUACUUCUACGGUGGCUUCCUGGUGGGACCCCAGUUCACGCUGCGUAGCUACCAGAGCCUGGUGGCGAGGGAGCUCACCGACUGCCCUGGAAAACCUCCCAGCAGUGUUAUUCCUGCUCUGAAGAGGUUUGCUCUGGGUUUUCUCUGCCUGGUGAUAUAUGCAAUAUUUAGUCCGUCAUACCCAGAUAGUUACUACUUAACAGAUGAGUAUGAGGCUCAGCCUUUCUGGUAUCGCUGUGUUUUUAUUCUGCUUUGGGGAAAAGUCAUUUUAUAUAAAUACGUCAGCUGUUGGGUCAUAGCAGAGGGCGUUUGCAUUUUGUCUGGGCUCGGGUACAACGGCGUAGUGGAUGGUAAGCACCAGUGGGACGCUUGCGCCAAUAUGAAAGUGUGGCUGUUCGAGACAACUCCACUUUUCGGAGGAACAAUCGCAUCUUUCAACAUCAACACCAACGCCUGGGCUGCCCGACACGUGUUCAAGCGGUUGAAGUUUCUGGGCAACAAGACGACGUCCCACGUGGCCACGCUGUUUUUCCUCACCAUUUGGCAUGGCCUGCACUCUGGGUACAUCCUGUGCUUCACCAUGGAGUUCCUCAUCAUCACAGUGGAGCGACAGGCCCAGGCUUUGGUGCGGGACAGUCCGAUGCUGACCAAAAUGGUCAACAGCCAUCUUUAUCCCAUCAUCUAUGUAGUCCAACAGUUUAUCCACUGGCUCUUCAUGGGGUAUCCUCUCGUGCCGUUCUGCCUCUUCACCUAUGACAAAUGGCUCAAGGUGUAUUCUUCCGUCUAUUUCUGUGGACAUUUGUUCUUCCUGGUGGCGUAUUUAGUCAUGCCCUUCCUCCGUAAGGCUCUGGUGCCUAAGAAGGAACGGAGUGAGAAAAAGCAGCACUAAACCGGUUCAGAGUCCUUCCACGGUGCGUCUAAAGGCUGAACAUCUAUGAAGGGAACUGUGCCGUUCAUGGAGAAGAGCACAAAUUGUUUUAAGGCCUUUUAGUAAUAUAUAAAUAUUUGAAUAUAUGUUCAUGUAAAAAAAAUCUAUAUAUUUUUGUGUUUUUUAAGCUAAAGGGGAGGUUUUAUAAACAUUUGAACGUAUGUUUACAGGAAGUUGCCGUCGUGCCACACGGGUUGAUUGUGGGACGAUUUCCUGCUUGUUGUUUUUGUUUUAAUUGAAGACACGUGGGACUCGAGGAACUUGAGAGACUUACUUGCUGUCGACACAGGAUUGCACUUAUGAGUCACAGGUUUGGAGUCUGUUUUUGGCUCCAGUGUGUUAUUUUUUUUGUUGCUUCUUUGUUCCGACUCCCACAUCCAGCAGCAGCACCAAGCCUGGAACAAGAGGUUUUGCGCACAGCGCCAGCAAACAAGACACUUCCUGACGCCAUCAUACUACAUGCAUAUGAUUCAUCUGUAUUAUUGUUUCCUGCCGAGCCGUUUGGAGGAUCACCAGGAGCUUGAUUUCUUUAAAAAUGGCUGCUAUGUUUAUACGUGCACCAUAGAAUCACACACUAACACCCAACUCAAUGGCCUUGAAUCCAUGAAUGUUUUUUACUGUUCGCGUGGUCUGGAUUUCUUGUGAUUUAAAGAAAUAAGUCAGAAAAAGGGUUUUAGAGUUUUUAUGAAUAAGAACAUGCUGUAGUUUGUCCUCCAACUGUGCCACUCUCAUCUGUCUGUCUCCGUUUCAAAUUUGAAAGUGAAUUGCUUUUCUUCUUCCUCCAUUUUUCUUUUAGAUCCGUCUUUGGGGCCCGUAGGCGGAUUUUUAUUCCCUAUAGAUUAAUUUGAUCUUUAAAAGUGAAGUAUUUGCAUCGUGUGAAUACUUUAUGAUUUGUGUAUUUUGGGGGGAUUUGCAUGAAAUUCCCGACCUUUACCCCCCUGGAGAAAGGCCUCGGCUCUGCUGCUGCCAAUGUCCUUCCACACACUUGUGAGCAGGACAAACCUCACUGUAGCAAUGCUCCAGACUUCAGUUAUAUUUAUACACAAGGUGAUCAUUAUUAAUUGAUGAGUUGCUAUUUCCAGAGAUGACUUUAUUGCCUUAUCCUUAAAUGUACAAAUGGAAGUAUGGGAUGUGGGGAUGAUUUUUUUUAUUGUUCAUUAAAAUGCUGGAUUUCAAAUAAA